AUGCAGUACACGGAGUACACAUGGAUCUUUGUGAUCGCUACCAUCUUCAGUUUCAUCUGCGCCUUUGGCAUUGGAGCCAAUGACUUGGCCAACUCUUUUGCCACGUCUGUGGGGUCCAAGGCCCUGACUAUGCCCCAGGCGCUCCUGGUGGCGGCUGUUUGCGAGUUCCUGGGGGCGCUGCUGCUCGGAGCGGGGGUGACUGACACCAUCCGCUCCAAGAUUGCCAACGUAUCCCUCUUCACAAACACCCCAGACCUGCUGAUGAUGGGCAUGCUGGCGGUGAUGAUCACGGCUGCCUUCUGGGACAACUUCGCGUGCCACCUCGAGCUGCCCGUCUCCACUACCCAUACCACAGUUGGUGCUGUGGUUGGCAUGGCGUGGGUGAUCCGCGGGCGGUACGCUGUGGUGUGGAGCAAGUUGAACAUCAACCCUGCGACGCGCGACAACGACUUCCCCUACCUCAAGGGCAUGAGCAUCAUCUUCCUCCAGUGGGUCAUCUCUCCGCUGUGCUCUGGCGCCCUAGUGGCCAUCCUGUUCGGCCUGCUGCGCACCUUUGUCCUCCGCUCCCCUCACUCCUUCACCCGCGCCUUCUAUCUCUUCCCCCUCCUGGUGGCCUGCACCUUCUUCGUGGUGGUCAUCUUCAUCAUCCAGACCGGCAACAAGAACGCCAGCUGGGACAGGGUGCACGACGACAAGCUGGUGUGGGUCAGCGUCGUGGUGGCUGUCGGCAUGGGACUUCUCACCAUCGUCCUCGUCAUGCCCUUCCUGUACAAGGCCGUGCAUGCGCAGAGCGACGAGAACAACCGCGUGAACGAGGCGCGCAAGCUGGAGGAGGCUAAGAUCGAGGCUGGCGAGCUGGACCCCAAGGAGGCCGCCCGCCUGCGCGCACUGGCGGAUGUGGAGGCUGCCGCGGAUGCAGCGAAGAACACGAUGUGGAACCGUUCAAUGGAGAAGAUGGGCGUGAACAAGUUCGCGGAGACGGGUGCGGGCAAGGUCAUCUUCGGCAACUCGCUGGUGCGCACUGUCAUGUACGGCGCCAACUACGACAUCCACGACGCCAUCGCCAAGGACGACCACGUGGCCGAGAUGUGGGAGGGCGCCGAGGUGUUCGACUUCAAGACGGAGCGCCUCUUCCGCUACCUCCAGGUUUUCUCCGCCAUGGUCAUGUCCUUCGCGCACGGCUCCAACGACGUUGCCAACGCCAUGGGCCCCUACUCCGCCAUCUACACCAUCUGGAACACGAGCAAGGUCCCCUCCAAGUCCAGCGUCGAGAAGUGGAUUCUGGCGUAUGGUGGUGCGGGUAUCGUGGUUGGCCUCGCGACGUACGGGUACAAGAUCAUGCAGGUGUUCGGCGUCAAGUCCGUCAAGCUGACCAACUCGCGCGGCUUCUGCUGCGAGUUGUCCACCGCCGCCAUUGUCAUCCUCUCCUCGCGUUAUGGCCUGCCCGUGUCGACGACGCAGGUGCUGACGGGAGCCAUCAUCGCGAUGGGGCUGUUCGAGGGUUCCAAGGGCGUCAACUGGAGGGUCAUGUUCAGGACGUUCGGCGGGUGGAUUCUGACGAUCUUGGUGGCGGCGCUCAUCUCGGCGGCCAUCACGUCGUUCGCGGUCUACUCCCCCAGCAAGGUGUACGCUGACGACAACAACUACGUCGCCAAGUACCUGGACAACCAGGGCCUCGCCAUGAUCCGCCAGAUGAACACCAGCGCCAACGGGCUCCCCGUCCGGGCCACCCUCAACAGUCUGAGCAAGACCAUCAACGCCAUUGUGAAGAACAACAUCAAGCACCCGUACGACUACGUCGCUGCCCACAACGCCACCUUCGCCCUCUACAACAGCACCUUGGUCAAGGCUUAG